CGGAAUUCCCCCAGUCCUGGACAUGGUAGCUAGCUUGAUGCUAGUGUGAAAAGCACACGAUCACUUCUGAAGGACGGAAAGAAACACUGUCGCUGCCCGGAACACUUUUCCAUCUUUUCUAUUGUCUCAGUGCGAUAGGAUUAUAUUACCAGACUCUAGAAGAAUAAAGAAGCCUUUGGCCAUGUCAGGACAGAGGAAAGGAGCUGCAGCGCGGCUGCCUAAAUGUGCCUUCUGCAGAACCAACCGGGACAAGGAGUGCGGCCAGCUGCUGGUGUCUGACAGCCAGAAGGUGGCAGCCCACCAUAAGUGCAUGCUGUUCUCCUCUGCCCUGGUCACAUCUCACUCAGACAGCGAGAACAUUGGAGGAUUUUCCAUUGAGGAUGUGAAAAAGGAGAUCAAGAGGGGAAAUAAAUUGAUGUGUUCUUCAUGUCACCGGCCGGGUGCUACUAUCGGCUGCGACGUGAAGACGUGCCGGAGGACGUAUCACUAUUACUGCGCUGUGAAGGACAAAGCCCAGAUCAAAGAGAAUCCCUCACAAGGGAUUUACCUCGUUUACUGUCGCAAACACCGAGACGCUUCUCAGGAUGGCAUUCAAGAUGAAGAGGGAGGCGUGGCCAAUGAUUCAGACUCAUUGCCUCCACAAAGCAGAGGCAGAGGACGGUUUGAGAAGGUGAGAGGCAAGGUGGGAUCUCGUGGCCAAUCGGAAGACUCCCGCUCCACCUCCUCACAGGCUGCAGACGAGGAGAGCUCCUCCCAUCGGGACAGGUCACCUCUUCGUGCCAGCCCAGGAGAUAGCGGCCAGCGUUGUGGCUUUUGUCACGCUGGUGAGGAAGAGAAUGAAACAAGGGGCAUGCUUCAUACCGAUAACUCCAAAAAAGUGGCUGCACACUACAAGUGUAUGCUGUUUUCAUCGGGGACAGUCCAGCUGACCACCACGUCACGGGCUGAGUUUGGAAACUUUGACGUGAAAACGGUCAUCCAGGAAAUCAAGAGAGGGAAAAGAAUGAAAUGUACACUCUGCACUCAGUUGGGUGCCACCAUUGGCUGUGAAAUUAAAGCAUGUGUGAAGACCUACCACUAUCACUGCGGCCUGCAGGACAAAGCCAAGUACAUCGAAAACAUGGCACGUGGCAUCUACAAACUAUACUGUAAGAACCACAGUGGGAAUGAGGAGAGGGAUGAAGAAGAUGAGGAACGAGAGAAUCGCAGUAGAGAGAGGGCAGCAAUCGACCACGGAAGAACACCGUCGACACAAGUGAACGGCAACUAGGUCAUCUUGAUGGAUGUGACAUGGGGAGAAAACAGAAGAACACGGACGAGUGAGAGAUAUUUUUUUAUACUAAAUCUUAGCAUACUCACAAAGUCAUGGUCUGCAGGCCCCCACGAGUCCUUCACACAAUUUCUUCCAGUAAAUGGACAUGAUCUCCCGGUGUGCACCAGGCGUCUCCUUCAUGAAACCCUGUUUUUGAGUUGACUGGAUGAGCUUUUCACAGACUGGUGGUACUCAGCAGAGCACAGGACUGCUGCAGGAUAUUGAAAAGCCAUGGCUAAUCUUUCCCAAAAAUCGGUUAUGGGCUCAGUUUCAAAUACAUGCAUUAUUGCCGUGAAUAAGAGCUGAUCUUUUGAUUGUCACUCACUGCCCAUGUUCCCAGACAUGACAUGACCCACACUUGCUGAAAACCUCUUCUUCUUCUUCUUCUUCUUUCUCUUCCCUAGCUUCUGAAGGACUCACUUUUAAGAGGGGUCUGUUUGUUACUAGUCUCUCUACGAAGUUGUGCAGUUUGAUUACCUUGUUUCUGUAAUCAUGUCUUAAGAAUACUCUUUUCAUGUUAGCCUUUCUUUCUUGAUAUGUAAUAUUUUGCUACUGUAUUAUUAUUAUUAUUAUUAUUAUUAUUAUCAUCAUAAGUAAUUUUGAAUAUCUGGAUUUCAGACAGUCACGAUUACAAGUUCUGCCAGCAUGCACUUGCAUUUUUCCACUGUUAAAGGUGGCAUUUUUUAUUUAGCUGCUAAAGAGCAAGGUAGAGCUCUUUAGAAGAGUUGGCUUGACUUUGUUUGAUGUACUGUUACUUGUAUCUCUACAAAUGUAUCCAUGAAUGAUUGGAAAUAGAAAAUAUUUAUUUUA